GACUUCAGAACGUGUGGUCCUCAUGGCCCAGGAGGGCACACAGCAUGCAGAGGCCGCUCGGUGCCACCUCGCCCAGCCUGAAGGAGGUGACGCGUCGACCACCGUGGCGCCCCUGGCAGAGGACCCCGCUACCAGGCCGUGCGCUUGGCUGCACGGCGCCAUGGCCAACGAGCGAGUGAAGCUCCUCGUGUGCUUCCUCGGCGUGUUCGUCUGCUACUUCUACUACGGCGUUCUGCAAGAGACCAUAACUCGGGGCCGCUACGGGCACGGGGAGAUGUUCACGUUCGCGCUCACCCUCGUGCUCAUCCAGUGCACAAGUGGCGCUGCGUUUGCCAAGAUGAUGAGAUGCUGUGCACCCACCCCGGGCGUGGACCACACGGCGCAGUGGAUGUACAUGGCGUGCGCACUCACCUGCCUGGGGGCCAUGGUCUCUGGGAACGUGGCCCUGCAGUUCAUCCACUAUCCCACCCAGGUGUUGGGGAAGUCAUGUAAACCGAUCUCAGUGUUCCUCCUGGGCCUCGUGUUUGCGCGCAAGAAAUACCCCGUGGCCAAGUACCUGUGCGUGCUGCUCAUCGUGACGGGGGUCACCCUGUUCAUGUACCGCGACGGCGCGGCGCGCGCGGGGACGUCUGCGCUGCGAGGGGUGGGGGUCGGAGAGCUCCUGCUGCUGUGCUCCCUGGUGCUGGAUGGACUCACGGGGGUGCUGCAGGAGCACAUGAAGCUGCGGCACCAAACCGCCUUCCUCCACAUGAUGUUCCACGUCAACGCCUGGUCCUCCCUCGCCCUGGCCCUGCCGGUCGUGUUCACGGGGGAAGGCUGGCACUUCCUCCUGUUUGCACAAUGCCACCCCGACAUCGUCUUCCACGUGGCGCUGUUCGCAGCCACCAGUGCAAUGGGCCAGGCAUUCAUCUUCAUGACGGUGGUGACCUUCGGCCCUCUGACCUGCUCCAUCUUCACCACCACGCGCAAGUUCUUCACCGUCCUCACGUCCGUCGUUCUCUUUGGCAACCCAAUGACAGGCCCGCAGUGGUUUGGCGCUGUGCUCGUAUUCUUAGGUCUUGGCUUGGAUGCUAAAUUUGGACGUUUGUCAACACCGCGAUAACCCGAUAUGAAAUUGCAUUAUUUUCUACACUUUAAAUUAUAGCAGUAACAUGUUAUCACGAUUUAUUUUGAGCGCGCUAAAUAAGACUUAUAUUGCGAUAACCAUGCAUUUAAUCACGAAGCCAAAAAUAAAGCAAAUAACUUGAGUCUCACAAGUGGCAGCUGAGAACUUGUAAGCACAUCAUUGUUAAAAAAUCCACACGAUUCGCAAGAUUUAAAGAAGGCGCGUAUGCAUAGUGUGAAA